AUGCAGCGAUUGGUUGACUCCUCACUUGCUGUCGCCAAGGAGUCGGUGAAGACAUUCACUUACGAGUCCUUGCACAAUAUAGUGAGGCUGAUCAAUGGAGUUUCAGGGAUGCUAUUGACUGUUUUGCCUGGGAAGGCUAAUGUUCUUGAAGGCCUGCAUGGCUGGGAGCUUAGGCCAUCUUUUCGCGGACCUCGUCUGCCAUAUUGGAUGGAGAAUGGAGUAUCUUCAUUCAACAAAUUUGUUCACGAACUCUCUGUGGAUUCCGAUAGUGAUACUGCAAGUUCUGACUAUUCUUCUGCUGAAGAAGACGAUGGAAUGUAUCCUGCAUCACCAUCGUCUCAUAGUUCCCGAGUUUCCAAUGCAAUGUCUUUCAGAAGGAAUAAUGGGCGUUCAAUUGGAUGGUUUGCAUUUAUAUUCUCAUGGGUAAUUAUGCCAUUGAAGAUUUUGCUUGGAGUUCCGCCUUAUCUUUAUGGGAUAUUUUUCACCAAAGAAUCAUCAACUUAUCCCCUUGAAGGAAGCCAUCAAGGUUCCCACUCUGCUCCCAUCAAUAGAGUACAAUCUCGCAAGGAUCAUUUCAUUCACCAUGCUACUGACAGGAGACGUGGAGUCAUUGAGGAUCUUCAUCUAGGAAUAGAGAUCAGCAUAGAAGCUGUAUUCGACUUUUUCCACAAGGCCACACAAUUGCUUCUUUCACCAACAAAGAUUUUAAAAGCAACAUAUGAAUGGUUUUCGUAUGACAAGUACAGCAGUGAGCAUAUUUCUGGUGAUGUUUCGAAUGCCAGUAUACCUGCAGCUACACUUGGAGACACUGAUCCAGUCCCCAGAGAGAGAAAAGCUACAACUCAGGGGGCUUUGAACACUGAUGCUCGUACAUGUCAGGAUGUCAUAACAGAGCUAGGGUAUCCAUAUGAAGCUAUUCGUGUGAUAACUUCUGAUGGCUAUGUUCUCCUUCUAGAGAGAAUUCCAAGGCGUGACUCACGCAAGGCUGUUUACCUUCAGCAUGGGGUGAUGGAUUCGUCCAUGGGGUGGGUAUCCAAUGGUGUUGUUGGAUCUCCGGCUUUUGCAGCAUAUGAUCAAGGGUAUGAUGUUUUCCUUGGUAAUUUGCGAGGCCUUGUUUCUAGGGAACAUAUUGACAAGAACAUUUCUUCGCGACAGUACUGGCGUUAUUCCAUUAAUGAACAUGGAAUGGAGGACAUACCAGCAAUGGUUGAAAAAAUUCACGAAGUCAAAACCACAGAGCUUAAGAUCAAUGGGCUUGAAACCGAGGAAGAGGACAACAGCCAGCCUUACAAACUAUGUGCAAUCUGUCACAGCUUGGGCGGAGCUGCCAUGCUUAUGUACGUGGUAACGCGUCGAAUCGAAGAGAAGCCACACAGACUAUCCAGAUUAAUUCUGUUAUCUCCAGCUGGCUUCCAUCAGGAUUCUAACCUGGUCUUCACAACUAUGGAGCAUCUUUUCCUCAUGAUGGCCCCUAUUCUAUCCCGAAUCAUCCCUGCCUUCUAUAUACCCACAAGGUUCUUCCGCAUGCUGUUGAACAAGCUGGCUCGGGACUUCAACAACUACCCUGCAGUUGGAGGUCUGGUUCAAACCCUUAUGAGCUAUGUCGUAGGCGGUGAUAGCUCGAAUUGGGUUGGAGUUUUGGGCUUGCCCCACUACAACAUGAAUGAUAUGCCAGGGGUUUCUUUCUUCGUGGCUCUCCACCUUGCCCAAAUGAAGCAUGCACGGAAGUUCAGAAUGUACGACUACGGAAGUCCAGCGGCCAAUAUGGAGUUUUAUGGAUCUCCUGAGCCGUUGGAUCUGGGAGAGUAUUAUGGCUUCAUUGACAUACCAGUUGACCUAGUUGCUGGGAAGAGGGAUAAUGUGAUUCGCCCCUCGAUGGUGAUAAAGCAUUAUAAGUUGAUGAAGGGUGCAGGAGUUGAAGUAUCGUAUAACGAGUUCGAGUAUGCUCAUCUGGACUUCACGUUCUCCCACAGGGAGGAACUCCUGGCGUAUGUGAUGUCUCGCAUGCUGCUUUUGGAGGGAGUUACGAAGCAGCAACUGCCUUCAAAUCAGAAGAGUUUAAAGCUGAAGAAGGAGAAGGUAAAUUCUUAA